GUAGAGCAGAAUUUCUAGUACUGGAUAUGGAGAUGUGCAAGGCCACAAGGAAAAGACCAGGGGAAAACAGAUUUCAAAGUGUAGAGACAUAUUUCUUCUUUUCGGCCACCUAAGGCUGUAUAUUUAUACCGUAAGGAGUAUAAUCAACAGCAAAAUCUUCGGUUUUGAUUUUAUAGGGCAAGUGGUCCUGAAAUAAACAGGACCAGAGGGGGUGGAGAGAGGGACAAGGUCCAGAAUUGCUGUCAGGUGGUGUUUGUGCGCCCCCUGCUGGGAGAGCUAAGACAAUGCUCAUCUCAGAAGGAUGGGGGCCCUGGGUGCCUGGCCAAAGUUUUUCCCAGCACAAUAGGGAUGGUUCUGUUGUGUAGGGAGGACAGCAUGUGGUACCAGAGACAGAAGCUGAUCCAUGGACCCCUGAGGUAUGGGAAUAAAUCUUAUAAGGGCACGAGGGACAAAAUAGACAGCUGGAUAAAGGCUAGGUGGUGGUGUCUGGGCCGCUGCUCCCACGUUCAGGAACCCGACCUUGUGGGUGAGGACAUGCUGUCCUCCAGCCAAGUUAAUAACUUCCUCCCCCAGCCAAGGAAUAUAGCUCUGCGUCUACAGCUCCUGCUCAGACUGUCCAAACCACCCUGCAGCUCAGGAUCAAGGAGCAUGGUCACAGGAAGGUGGGGUUUCGGGAUACCCAGCAGGGACUGCCCUCUCCCCCCGAAUCCCAUCACGAAGGGCCGUAUGCUUGUAGGUGUGCUGGUCAUGGUGGGCUUCGCAGUGGGAAAAGCUCCUGUUCCUGAAGUCCGAACCUGCCACCUCUGCCUCUUAGAAGACCCUUCUACGGGGUGCAUUUCAGGCUCAGAGAAGUGCACCAUUAGCACCCCAUCGCCGUGUAUGGUGAUCACCAUCUAUUAUGAUACCAAGAUUCGUUUCUUCAUCCGAGGCUGUGGACAGUAUAAUUCUUAUCGCUGCCAAGAAAAACGCAAUACCUACUUCUCGGAGUACUGGUACCAGGCUCAGUGCUGCCAGUAUGAUUACUGCAACUCCUGGUCCAGCCCCCAGCUCCACAGCUCCCCACCUGAUCCCCCAGCCGGGGCUGGGGCCGGGGCUGUGCCUCUGUCCGAGUCCCAGAUUCAGUGGUUCUACCAGGCCCUGAACCUCUCACUGCCUCUCCACAGCUUCCAUGCUGGGAAGGAGCCCGAAGGCCCGAACCCCCCGGCCAUCCUGCCCCUGAACCUGAGCUUGUCCAUUGCUGACCUGCGCCGCAUAUAUUUGUUCCUCAACAGCUCGGGGCUUUUGGUUCUUCCCUGGGCUAGGCCUUGAUGCCUUAGCCUUCCUGGAUUUCACUCUAUUCCAGCAUCUCUCCCCUAACACCACAGCCCCCUGCACUGCCCUCCUAGAACACCCACAUUCUCUGCUCUGUGAUUUCUCUGGCCUCCCUUCCACCGUACUUCUAGCGUGACUAUGAUUUUGGUGUCUUUCUUUCCCAGAAACUGGUGGUGCUGCACCUCCUAGAAAAUAAUGAGGUCAGAGUCUGCCCAGGCUGGCCUGGGAAGGCACAGUGGCUUCCUCGUCCUUUUCCUGUCACCGGAGUCCAUCAUCCCCCUCAUCUUUCCAGUCCCCUGUCAAUCUGGUCACCUGCUGUCCCCAUUCAGAUCUGGUUGUAGAUCACAUCCUAUGCCUGUCUUUAGACCCAGACUGAACUUGAAGCAAGAAGAAUGAAGGGUAGACUUCUGUGCACAUUUCCUGACUAGGCAUUGUGGUGUCCCUGCCUUUCUGCCUCCACCCCCACCCUUGCCCUGGUUGCCUGCUUCUCUCCUCGUUGCAGUCCUUGGCUUUCUCAGCCCCACUUCACGUCACUGAGUCCUGACACCCACUUCAAUAGAUGCUAGGGGAGAGGAGAGGCGAGGGUUUGGCCUGCUCUCUUCCACAUCUACUGCUUGCUCUCCACAACCUCCACAAUAAAUGGACUGGGCUAAGUCUGUGUCACACUGUUUAUGGGGUCAGGCUCAGGUAUGGGCAAGUAUAGACCAGUUAAAGAAGGUUGACUGGGCAUGGGGAUCAAACCAUCUACAGCCUGGCCCACUCCACUUGGCCUUUGUGGCUUCCUCAUGGCUUGCCCCCUAAGAGCCUAUAACCAUCCCACCUUCUGCUUAGCUAGAGAUCUGUUCAGCUAUGAGGAUUAUGACUUCUGUCAGCCUUUGACUUACCCCACAGGGGCGGCUGGCUGGUUCAGUCAGUAGAGCAUGUGACUCUUGAUCUUGGGGUUGUAAGUUCGAGCCCCAUGUUGGGUGUAGACAUUACUUAAAAUUUUUUAUUUAUGUGACAGAGAGACAGCCAGCUA